GUGUGUGCGCGCAUUAUAAAAACCCUUUGGUUCACGUGCGGAAAGGGACCGUGGAGGGGUGGGGAAGAAGUGACUUGUGGGAUGCGGCAGGAGAGACAGAGGGGGAGAGUGACUGACACACAGAGUGGAACAACAGCGAGAGGAGCGGGAAAGAAACGGAGGAGAGCAAUAAAACAACCGGUGUCACGGUUAAUUUAGCGCCUGACAUUCAGGUUUGCGCAGACAGACACACGGACAGACAGCGGAAGAAAAAGUUCAGAUCCCACGAACCAUCGCGUGGGAGUGGGAAGCAGGAUCGUGACUGACUGAGGCAAGCUCCACUGUCUGUCUCGUCAUGGCAGGACCUGGAGGUGACAUGCAGUGGUGCUUCUCUCAGGUGAAAGGAGCCAUUGAUGACGACGUAGCUGAAGCGGACAUCAUAUCCACAGUUGAGUUUAACCACACAGGGGAGCUUCUAGCCACAGGAGACAAGGGUGGCCGCGUAGUUAUUUUCCAGCAGGAAAUAGAGAAUAAGAAUCAGCCUCAGUUCCGGAGCGAAUACAAUGUUUACAGCACUUUCCAGAGCCACGAGCCCGAGUUCGACUACUUGAAGAGUUUGGAAAUAGAAGAGAAGAUCAACAAGAUUCGCUGGCUUCCUCAGAAGAAUGCUGCUCAGUUCCUGUUGUCUACUAACGAUAAGACAAUCAAAUUGUGGAAAAUCAGUGAACGAGACAAGAGACCAGAGGGCUAUAAUCUGAAAGAGGAGGAUGGACGCUACAAAAACCCCAACACUAUCACGGCACUGCGGGUACCAGUUUUAAUACCCAUGGACCUCAUGGUGGAGGCCAGUCCACGGAGGGUGUUUGCCAACGCUCACACCUACCAUAUCAACUCUAUCUCCGUCAACAGUGACAAUGAGACUUACCUGUCCGCAGACGACCUCCGCAUCAACCUCUGGCACCUAGAGAUCACCGACCGCAGCUUCAAUAUUGUUGACAUCAAACCGGCCAACAUGGAGGAGCUAACGGAGGUGAUCACAGCAGCAGAGUUCCAUCCUCAUCAGUGUAACACCUUCGUCUACAGCAGCAGCAAAGGAACCAUCCGUCUGUGUGACAUGAGGGCUUCGGCGCUGUGUGACAAGCACUCCAAAUUGUUUGAGGAGCCAGAAGACCCCAGUAAUCGCUCCUUCUUCUCGGAGAUCAUAUCUUCAAUCUCAGAUGUUAAGUUCAGCCACAAUGGCCGCUACAUGAUGACUAGAGACUACUUGUCUGUUAAGAUUUGGGAUCUGAACAUGGAGAACAGGCCAGUGGAGACUUAUCAGGUUCAUGAGUACCUGAGGAGCAAGCUGUGCUCGCUGUAUGAGAACGACUGCAUCUUUGACAAGUUUGAAUGCUGCUGGAAUGGCAAUGACAGUGUGGUGAUGACUGGCUCAUACAACAACUUCUUCCGGAUGUUCGACCGUGGUCAAAGGCGGGACGUAACCCUGGAGGCCUCCCGAGAAAACAGCAAACCCAUGCAGGUCCUAAAGCCUCGCAAAGUGUGCGCGGGCGGCAAACGCAAGAAGGACGAAAUCAGCGUGGACAGUUUGGACUUCAACAAGAAGAUCCUUCACACUGCCUGGCACCCCCAGGACAACAUCAUCGCAGUGGCGACGACCAACAACCUCUACAUAUUCCAGGAUAAAGUAAACUAACAGCGGGGUGAGCUUACUUGAUCUGGCGCGGGUGACGCCACGUGCACCACCCACCGCCUCAUCCAGGGUGAUCUGCGGUAACGCCGACAACCAGCAUCCCUGUCCGUUGCUACUGGGUGACCAGACUUUGCCACUUUGUUCUAGAUGUGGACAGAGGAUGCCUCGCUCUUGCCCAUCAUCAGCCUGUCUGUGGCGGAGUAACAUCUGCCUUGUUGUUUAAGUGAUGUUGUGCCAAUUGUUUUUUUUUUGUUUUGUCCCCCCCCCCUUUCGUAUGGCGCUUUUUUUUUUUUUGGCCAGCCCACCUGCCCUUUUCUUCCCCCGGGGUAUCAUGGGUAAACAAGUUUAAUUUCCUUAAAAUUCUGAAUACAGACACACUUAUUUUUAUAACUUUCCCCCAAAUGGCUCUGUGGUAGAAAACGAAAAACACUUAUUUAGUAUUUCCCCUUAUUGUUCUGUGCCAUGGUAGUGUUUAUUUUUCUAAGAAAAAAUUGCCAGUCUUUUUUUUUGUUGUGUGUGCGUGUGUGUGUAUACGCCUUUUAUUAAUUCAUCUGUUAUACUGUCAUAGUAUUCUUUGAGUCUCUUCACGUCUCCCCUCGUUCAUUAAACCAAACAUACCCAACAGUCACAAAUGUAUGCUCACGGUUUUCUUCACAAACUAGCUGCUUGUACCAGACAGCAACAGGAGUCUGAGAAGUACAGUGUGUUUUCACAGAUUGACAGAGGAGUUGUCCCGCUCACUGUUGCUGUGCCUCAGGCUCUGGGUGGUCAAAUAGGUCCAAACUCCUGCAACGAUUUUCUUUUGGAUUGGCUCCGUGUCUUGACAUCAUCACGUUAUCGGUUCCUCUUCCUCCUUUUGUUAGUGUUCAACAAUAGUCAGGUAUAAGAGAUAGCCUAUUCAAAGAUAAUUAUUAUGAUUGUCAUAUUUAUAUUUAAAAAAAAAAAAAAAAAAAGUAUCACCAGAUUUGUUCCGUCCGAUUUUGUGAAACAAAGCUGGACCUCACACAUCUUUUCUCCAAGUAUUGUCUUCCCAUGGGGUGUACCACAGCUCUGAAGCAGUACUUCACAACAGGGAAAACCUUUUCUUUUUGUUUGUUUGAUUUGACACUGGACUCUUACUGCACCAACUGAAGUACUUGGAUGUGUUGUAAGUUUAAAAAGAAAAACAUUAUUUGAGGCAUUAAGUCACUUAAAAGUGUUUGUUUAAACUACUGCGGACAUUAUUACUGCUACUGUAUGUGAUGGUACCAUAAGCUGCACAAAGGAUUUGCAGCAGUUGAUGUCUCCACACGUAUUUAAAAAAUGGACAGCUCAGACUAUAUUGAUGCCUCUAGUAAUGUAUAACUACAAUUUUAAUCUAUGACGGUGAAGAUAAUAAAGGAACUACUUUUUGCA